GAGUGACGUCAUCAACAGUCGACGCAGUUCCUCAUUCUUCAUCCAAAACACCCCGCUCUUCUCCUCGAGCUGUUAUUUAGGACUUUUUUUUUUUUUUUUGCCUUGUCAUGCCUUUUAUAUACGGUUUUUAGCGUUUCAUACUGUGGGCUGCGUGUCAGUUUUAGCCGUUUUACGUUUGUUGCAUCAUUAUAAAGUGGUUCUCUCCUCCUCGAGAAGGCGCGGUUCUGGUUCGAAGAGAGUUCAAUGUGAUUCUGUGACCAAAAUGAUGAGCAGCCCACUAAACAAAGUGAACCACUCAGGAGACUGCAGCAGUUCAAGCUCAGAUGAUGAUGUUCCGCUGACCAAACUAAUGACAAAGAAACCCAUUAUGAAGAAAAGUGUUGCACCAACAAACAGUGAUGAAUAUGGUGACUCCAACUCAGAUGAUGAUGUACCUGUUUCAAAGUUGGUGAAGAAGAAACAAAGAAGAGUCAGUUGUAGCUCAGAUGGUUCUUGGAAACAGAGCGAGAAUAAAAGUGUGACAUCUUCAAACAACAAUGGAAAUGGUAAAGACAACUCCACCUCAGGUGAAGAUAUUCCUCUUACAAAGUUGGUGAUGAAAAAAACAAAUGAGGAAAAAUGUGUUUCAACAUCAAGUAAAAAUAAAAAUGACGAAGACAGCUCAGACGAUGAAGUGCCUCUUUCUAAGUUGACUUCAAAGUGGGAAAAUGAGAAAUCAAGCGAAAAACAAAAAAGAACUUCAAACGAGGAUCAGAAUGGGAAAGACAGCUCCAGCUCAGAUGACGACGUCCCUCUGACCAAGAUGGCAAAAAAGCAAAGAAAUAAGAAUGGAAAAGAUGACAGCUCAGGAGAUGAUGUGCCACUUUCAGAGCUUGUAAGGAAGCAGCAAACUGGAAAGAAGUCUCCUCAAAAGAAAAGCUCAAAAACUGACCCAAAAGCGAAUGAAGACUCUGAAGACAACGUUCUUCUGUCAAAGAUGGCGACUAAAACAGAGGUCAAGCGAAACAUGUCGUCUAAACGCAAGAAACUUUCAGACAAAGACAGACGUGAGUCUGAUUCCUCUGAUGACGAGCCUCUUAGAAAGAAGAAAAAGGCCCCUCCAGGAUCAAAUAAAACAAGAAAAAAGAGAAAAGCAUCAUCAGAGGAAUCUAAUGGGGCAGAGAAGAGAACAGGGAAGAAAAGAGCCAGUGUCACUAAGAGGAAGUCUUCUCCAAAAACAAACAAAAAAAAAGCGUUGAAUAGUGACAGCUCUGAUGAUGAGCCUCUGAGUGAAAUUGUCAGAAAACUCAAUAAACAGAAAACUACACCUUCAGAUGAGACUCGCAUUUCCCAAAGAAGUGCAGCUCAGAAACAAGUAAAAUAUGUGGACUCCUCUAGUGAAAGCACAGAUAGUGAAGCAAUGGUGAAACUAAAAAUAUCAAAACCCUCUGCAAAAAAAAAGUUACUGGUACCUAAAGCCAAGCGAGCAGCUGCAAAAUCAAAACCAAGUAAAGAUGUGAACUCUAGUGACGACUCGGAUGACGACAAUGAGCCUUUAGCGAAUCUAAAAAGAUCUAAAGCGUCUCCAGCCAAGCGUGAACCCGCAAAAUCAAGUAAAUAUGUGGAGUCCAGUGAUAGUUCAGAUGAUGACGUACCUUUUGCUAAACUUAAAACAACAAAUUCUUCUGCAAAGAAAAAGACUCCAGCUAAACAAACUUCAGCAAAAUCAAAGCAAAUUACAUAUGUGGAGUCCAGUGGUAGCUCAGAGGAUGAUGUACCUUUAGCAAAACUUAAAACAUCAAAAGUUGCAAAUAAAAAGACCUCUUCAAACAAACGAACAGCUGCAAAAUCAAGACAAAGUACAUAUGUGGAGUCCAGUGGUAGCUCAGAGGAUGAUGUACCUUUAGCAAAACUUAAAACAACAAAACUUGCAAAUAAAAAGACCUCUUCAACCAAACGAAUAACUGCAAAAUCAAGACAAAAAUUGUCAAGUAACAGCUCUGAUGAUGAGCCGCUGAUAAACCUUAUGAAAAAGGCAGGAAGAGGGACAAAGAAGACAAAAAACAACUCCGUGCCCAAAAAGGAUGGGGACACAAGCUUAAAUCAGUCAAGGAAGGACUUUUUAGCAGAUAAUGAUUCCUUAGUAAGAGUUGCUGACCACAUUGAAAUGAAGAAAAUGAUUAGGAUUAUUCUUGAAAGAUGUGACAUGAAAGAAGCAAAAGUCCCUGAAGAAGCCUCUACUUAUUCAUCUGACGGAGAAUGACCUGACACUCAUGUCAAGUCCAAAUGAAAUGCACUCAACGCAUUCCUAUUUUAUAUUUUUACUUUUAGCCAUGUUUUAGUAUUUUAUAUGUUUGUUAAAAUAGUUCAUUAUGUCAUGUGUUUUAAUUUUCUAUUUACGGUACCUUUUAUUAUUGUGGUACUUUUAUGCAAAAUUAUUUAAUGGCAUUUGAUCUUGUCCACACUUAUUUUAAAUGGCAGUAUUUAGUCAUUAUACAUUGUACCAGUGGAAGAGAGAAUAAACUGCUUUGU